UACGUUUCAAUUGUUGUACUUUUAUAAUUCUUCGAUUUAUUCCAAGAUUUUUUUAACAUUAAUACUUUGGUUUCUCCGUCUUUCUUGGAGAGGAACAAGUUUGCUGACUGACACUUAUGUAGUUAGAUCCAACACAACAACCUCACAUGGUAUAAACCAAUAUUUUUAAGCUUUUAUGUCAGAAAAGGAAUCUAUAUUUAUAGUGAAAUCAAGAAAAUCCCCAUUUACUAUUGUUGUGAUUUAUUGUUGUGUUUGUAAUGGCUACUAGGCCUCUAAUUCAAUCAUCUUCUGUAGAUCUUCAUAAGAGUUCAGCUACAACAAGGAUCUUGAGGACCCAAGUGCGAUUCUUGGAAGUUGAUAAACCCCAUUUGAGAUUUUUGAAUUUGCCUAGUUGUAAUUCAACUCCAAAAUUGAAAGCCUGGAAGGGACCAAUGACCCUGACCAAGGAAGUGGUGGAUGAAAAAGAGAUGAGUGCUGUCACUGAACAUGAAUCGAAUGAAUUCACUACGUUGAAACAUAGAUUUUUAAAUUUCAAGAAGGACAAAUAUUUGAAAAAUUUGGAGCAUUAUCAGAGUCUUGCAGACGAACAAUCACCAAAGUUUUUGGUAAUCUCUUGUGCAGACUCUCGGGUGUGUCCCUCAAACAUACUGGGAUUUCAACCAGGAGAAGCCUUUGUAGUCCGCAACAUCGCAAAUUUGGUGCCUCCUUAUGAGACUGAUCCUUCAGAAGUAAAGGCAGCUCUUGAGUUUUCCGUUAAUACUCUCAAAGUCGAAAACAUAUUAGUCAUUGGUCAUAGUCGCUGUGGAGGCAUUCGUGCUUUAAUGAGUAUGGAUGAUGAAACAAAUUCAAGCUUCAUUCGGAGUUGGGUAAUUAAUGGAAAAGCUGCCAAGACAAGCACAAAAGCUGUUGCUUCCAACCUCAGCUUUGACCAUCAAUGCAAGCACUGCGAGAAGGAAUCGAUCAACUGCUCAUUGAUGAAUUUGCUUACAUACCCAUGGAUUAAGGAGAAGGUGAAUAAAGGGGAGCUCUUAAUUCACGGUGGCUACUAUGACUUUGUUGACUGUAGUUUCGAGAAGUGGACUCUCGAGAACAACUCUCAAGUGGAUGAUCAAGUCUCCAUCAAGAACCGGGAAUUCUGGAGCUGAGUAAUUCUUCCAAGUCCUCUAUUUGUUUUGUUGUAUCAUUUUUUACUUGUGUAAUACAAAACUCAUUGCUAUUCUUGUUGACAAACUAAAAUGUUGUAUAAAGUGUGGACACUAUUGGCCCCCUUGUAUUGAAGAAUAUGAUAAUUUUCUAUAUUCAAUUUGUUCUGCUUCUAUCA